UCAUAAUUUGCUUGCCGAAGUCGACUUAUUUAAAAAAAAGUAUUUUAUAUAUAAAAUUCUCAGGGAGAGUGUUUAAUCAUUUGGAAAAAUUUUAAAAUUUUUUUAUAAUUUCAAUUAACUUUAAAUUAAUUGGUAAUUUUAAUAAUUUUAUUAUUUAUUAAAAAAAUUACUAAGUGACGCGUAGGAUAUUGUUCUUGAAAGUUCAAAAAGUCUAGUGUUCGAAAAUAUUUUAAUAGUUUCGGUGGAGUGGUACAUAAAUUGCAUUUUUUCGCUUAAAGAUAUUUUUUUAUAUAUAUAUAAAAAAAAGCGAAAAAGAUAAUCUUGUUGGGUGUUUUUUAUUCGAUUUUGUUUUAAAAACUAUAUAAAUACAUUUUAUCAAAAAAAAAAACAGUUUUUAAUUAAAUAUUGAAGAAGGAAAAAAAAUUUACAACAAAAAGGAAGAAGAAAAAAGGUUAUGGCGCCGUCGUCUGUAUUUUGACAACUACAACAAUUUGUUAAAAUUCAACUUUUUUAAAAAAAAUAACAAAGAAAGCAAAACAGGAAUCAAACAAAUACUUUUAAAAAGUGGCUUAUAACGGCAAUAAUGCCGGGAGACCGAUUUGGUGCAACGGAUCCCGCCUCAAAUAGAUCACCAAGGGAAAGUGGGGAAGAUUCUGAAGAUGAAAGUGAAAUAUUGGAAGAAAGUCCAUGUGGCAGAUGGCUUAAAAGACGUGAAGAGGUUGACCAACGUGAAGUGCCUGGUAUUGAAUGUGCACACUUAGCUAUGGACACUGAAGAGGGUGUUGAAGUUGUAUGGAAUGAAGUGCAUUUUUCUGAAAAAAAAAGUUUUAAAUAUCAAAUAGAAAAGAUAGAAGAAGUAUUUGACAUUUCAACACAAUUAGAUCACCCAAAUAUAGUAAUAUUUCAUCGUUAUUGGACUGAUACUCAUAAUGAUAAACCUAGGAUUAUAUUUAUAACAGAAUAUAUGUCAUCAGGUUCAUUAAAACAGUUCCUUAAACGAACUAAACGUAAUGUUAAACGACUGCCUAUGCAUGCCUGGAAAAGAUGGUGUAAACAAAUUUUAUCAGCACUAAGUUACUUGCAUUCCGCUUCGCCGCCAAUAGUUCAUGGCAAUUUAACCUGUGAUACAAUAUUUAUUCAACAUAACGGUUUAGUUAAAAUUGGUAAUGUAGCCCCUGAUUCAUUUCAUCACCGUGUUAAAUCAUGUAGGGAAAAUAUAAGAAAUAUGCACUUUUUAGCUCCAGAAUAUGGAAGUUCUUUAGUAUCACCUGCCGUUGACAUAUUUUCAUUUGGCAUGUGUGCUUUAGAAAUGGGUGCAUUAGAAAUUCAUGGUAAUAGUGAUUAUGGCAAAUUAGUUACAGAAGGUGACGUUCUUCGAACUAUAGAUAGCUUGGAAGACGAGAAACAAAGGGACUUCAUUCUUAAGUGCCUGAAUCCCAAUCCAAGAAAACGCCCAAGUGCUCGAGAGUUAUUAUUUCAUCCAUUAUUAUUUGAAGUGCACUCUUUAAAAUUGCUAGCUGCUAAUUGUCUUGUCAAUUCACCAGCUAAUAGAACACAUUUUUCUGAAACAAUAAUUGACGAACUGUUGCAACGUUUACCAGGUAUUGUUUUGGCUCAUUUAACUAAAAAUAAUAAAGUCGUCGCAUAUUCAUUUAGUGACGUACCGUCAGCUGAAAAAUUAGAGAAGUUUGUUGAAGAUGUCAGAAAUGGCAUUUUCCCUUUGACAGCUUUUGCUGUCACCAAUACACCAUUUAUAAGGCCUAGAGCUUUAUCGCCAGAGACUGCCGAAUCAAUAAAAUCGGUUACACCCGAACCGGUUGAUAUUGAAGCACGUAGAGUUGUAAAUAUGAUGUGUAGUGUUAAGACAAGAGAAGAUAGCUGUGACCUAUUAAUGACGAUAUUAUUACGAAUGGAUGAUAAAAUGAAUCGACAGUUGACCUGUCAAGUAUCACAGGAUGAUUCCGCUAAUUUAUUAUCACAUGAAUUAGUCCAUUUAGGUUUUAUACAUGAGAAUGACCGUGAAAAAAUAGCUGCCCUGAUUGAAGAUACUUUAAGAAGUAGUUUUGCUAAACAACAUCAAUUACAUAUUAGUGCUUUACAUCCGCAAUUAACUAGUGAUAGCACGAAACACUUACAGUCCGGUCCUGAACGUGGUUGGAUUGUUGCUGAUUCUAAAACACCGGUAAGCAGUUCCCAAGUUGAAUUUAACAAUCAAACAACAACAUCAUCCGUAUUGACAACUAACGAUUCAAUUCAACAGCAACUUGAAAAAUCAGAUAAUAUGUCUUCAUCAACAACUGAUCCGAAUGCACAUUCAAAUGAUAAUAAUGAAGGAAUUGAUAGGCAAAUAUAAGAAUGAAAUAAUAAAAAAUAAAUUUACGUUAAAUAAUACACCGCAAUUUGAUUUAAAAUUAGAAUUAAAGUAAUAAUUGAAAAGCAAAUUUAAGUAAACUUGAAAAAUAAAAAAAGAGCAAAAAAAAAACCAUUUUAGUAAUACUGUUCUUUAAAAUGCUAAAUAUAGUAGGUAUAAUCAAAAAUGUAACCAAAAAUAUUAAUUGAAGUUGGCGAAAUAUUAAAACGUGUUUUAUAAAAAACAACCAUAUCAAAAUUUAAAAACUAAUAAUAAAAUUAUAAAAAUCAAUAAUAAAUUUAUUACACUUUUUUAAAACAAAAAAAAAAAAAACAUCAAGAACUAAUUCGGCGAACAUAGAAAAAUAAUUAAAAAGAAAAAAGCAGCUUAUUUUAUAAUUGUAUAAUUAAAAAAGAGAUCUUAAUACUUUCACCUUCAAAUUUGAUAUUAUACUUAACUGUAAGUAUGUAUUAAAGUAUAUUCAGGGAAGAAUAUAAUUAUUUGAGUCAAUUAAUUUUUUGAACAAAUUAUAAAAUGGAAUAGAGUCUUAAUAUGUAUAAAUACGUAUUCAAAUUUGAUUUUCAUACAAUACACGGUUUGGUAAAAUACUGCUUUAUGCGUACGAAAUGCACACUACAUGUGCGAAGGAUAUCUAACGUGUACUUACAUAUUAAAUUUGAUGUAAGAAAUCAUCUCGUAAAUUGUAUACAACAAAAUAAAUUCUGUUUUAUAAUACCUUAAGUAAAUUUAAAUUUUAUGAUACUAUUAUUAUAUUGUAUGUCUGUAUGAAAUUUAAUAUAAUAUUUCAUUGCUCAGAAAGAUUAUUGAUGGAAGCAAACAAUAUUAGUUUGACUGUAAUUUGGAAUUAAAUCAGAAUAAUGGUAAAACCUUUAUUAAAAUAAGAAUUUAUUGUUUCAAAUAAUUAUAUCUACUUUGGAUAUAUAUUGAACAAAUUUGUUGACCGACAAUUUACUUCCAAAUAAAAGAAAUUUUAUUUUGCUUACCAAAAUAAAUGUUUUUGCUAAAAAUAAAAUUUCAUUCAUAAAAAACAAAAAGACUGUGGAUUUGUUUAUACUCUUGGAAUGUGUAUGAUAUAGGCUUUUAUUUAAUUUUUUUCUUAAUAAAAUUGUUAGGAUAACCUAUAUUUAAUUUUCACUAGGUUGGAUUAUUUUACAUAAAAACAAAUUCAGAUUUAAUUAAAUACGGCAUGUAAAUCCUAUUAAACUAAAGAAAAUAAAAACGCUUUUGCAAUAUUCCUCAAGUUAUAAGUUUAUCAUCUUCAUGUCAUUAUAAAUACAAUAAUUAUUGCAAAUGAAAAAAAUUCGUACUUCCAUUUCAGUGCUUAUAGGUUUAGAAGAUUUAAUAGGCUUAAAACAAUUUUAUAUUUUAUUUA